CGGUUCGUGCGCAGCGGGCGCUCGCGUCGUCUCACCGCUGUACCCAUUUUCAGCCGUCUCCUUUCCUCUUCCUGUCCUCGUCCCCAAAUAAAAAUAAUACCGAAAACCGUUGCUGCAGGAUGGCUUUAGUCUCACGAGCCGCCCCUCGGCGGUCGAAGUUGAUUAUGGAAGAUUCCCACAAGAGUAACACUUCAGAAACAGCACCUCAACCCAGUUCAACAGUUCAGGGAGCUCAUAUCUCUCAUAUUACUCAACAGAUGUCACUAAGAGGAUCUGCGCCAGUGACAAUUGUACCUCUUCCUGGAGAGCAAGUACAGGUUCAGGGGGUCAUCCAGACAGCUCAGUCUUCUGUAAUUCACCCACCACACGUGCAAACGGCAUCAUCCUUAUCAGAAAGUGAGGAGUCUCAGGACUCAUCUGACAGCAUAGGCUCCUCACAGAAAGCCCACGGGAUCCUAGCACGGCGCCCAUCUUACAGAAAAAUUUUGAAAGACCUAUCUUCUGAAGAUACACGGAGCAGAAAAGGAGACGGAGAAAACCCAGGAGUUUCUACUGUUACUUCUAUGUCUGUUCCAACUCCCAUCUAUCAGACUAGCACUGGACAGUACAUUGCCAUUGCCCCAAAUGGAGCAUUACAGCUGGCCAGUCCAGGCACAGAUGGAGUACAGGGGCUUCAGACAUUAACCAUGACAAAUUCAGGCAGUACUCAGCAAGGUACAACAAUUCUCCAGUACGCACAGACCUCUGAUGGACAGCAAAUACUUGUGCCCAGCAAUCAGGUGGUUGUACAGACUGCAUCAGGAGAUAUGCAGACAUACCAGAUCCGUACCACACCUUCAGCUACUUCACUACCACAAACUGUGGUGAUGACAUCUCCUGUGACUCUUACAUCUCAAACAACUAAGACCGAUGACCCCCAGUUGAAAAGAGAAAUAAGGUUAAUGAAAAAUAGAGAAGCUGCUCGAGAAUGUCGCAGAAAGAAGAAAGAAUAUGUGAAAUGCCUGGAAAAUCGAGUUGCCGUUCUGGAAAAUCAAAAUAAAACUCUAAUAGAAGAGUUAAAAACUUUGAAGGAUCUUUAUUCCCAUAAAAGUGUUUGACUCUUAAUAAAGAAAAUAUUUUUGUGGACUUGUCUAAAAACAAGAUGGAUUUCUUUUCUUUUUAACGGAGUUUUGUAAGUUAAAAGGUCAAAAAUGAAGCUUUAUUUAGGCUUUUGCAUCUCAAAGAUAAAUACACAAGAAACCUGGUGUCAGAGGAUAAAGUGGGAAUGACCUCCAGGCGGCUACUGGCACAACUGGAAGCUUUGUAAAAAUCAGACGUGCUCACGAUGCAGCAAGCGGACUCAACCACCUGAAUUUUCUAAAUUCACAAUAGUUGUAAUUACAAAAAUGGCAGAGAAAAUAAAAAUGUGGUAAAUCUGAAUUUUUUAAAAAAUAAAUCAAUUUACUCUCAAGGUUUGCAUUUCUUACUGUUUUGUGAAAUUUACCUUUUCAAUAAUGUGUGUGUUCUUUUUGCCAAUAAAUUCUAAAUUACAAAUGUAAAAGAAAAACAUACAUAACUAAAUAUAUAAAUUAUGUAUUCUGAUUAUGUAUUCUUGUUCUAUUGUGAAGCCUUUUACGUGGGUUGUUAAAAGUUUAUUGGACUUGAGAGUGUUUUUGAGACUCGGUUAAUUAUUUUUGAGGCCUUGUCCUAAAAGGCAUCUAAAUGGAGUUGUGAUUUUGUAAAUUUAUUAGAAUGGAAAGAGAACUAUUUAAAAGUUGGAUACUUCUAUUUAAAAGUUUGAUACUUUUAAAUACUUUGUUUAUGGUUACUCUGGGAAUGGCGAUUUUCUACAAAUAUAUAACAAAUAGUGUUUUGAUUCUACAUAAUGUAUGCAGUUAAAUAUACGUUACUUAUUCUGUUGUGCUUCAAUAGAAUGGAAUGUUUACAGGCCCUUAAAAUGAUAUUAGGGGAUUUUUUAAAACCCUCUGAACAUGCUUACCAAAGUUUUUCCAAGAGGAUUUUAUAAUCAAUUUAAUGUAGAGUUUAUCAGAUUCUUAAAAAUAGUACAGUUAUUAAUGCAAUUUUGUUAGAGACUCUUUUGUAAGGUAGUGAAUGGUACCUUUAUAAGAAAAGUGACUGCCAAUAUAUUUUUAUAGCUAAUCUUUAUAAAUUCUAAUGUUGAGUUUUAAUGAUUAUUUUAAAUGUUUAUAUAGUUCAGUAAGUAAAUAUUUUGCAACUCAGUAUCAUUUUUAUAUUAUGGGAAGUAAAGUUUUCACAUUGGCUAAUAUUUGAAUUAUAAGUUUUGUAUGUAGUUUAUCUAAAGUUCAAAAAUGCUGUCAGUAUACCAGUGUUUAACUUCAGUAUUCCAAUUUGUAUACACUUUGAAAUUGUACUGCAAAAUAAUUGUGUUCCUUAUACAAUAUGUAUCAUAUUGUCUUCUAUGAGAUUAAAGGACAUUUGAUAAAAUUGUUUGCUGAAUAUAAAAUACAGUACUUGAUAUCUGAAUGACAAGCUUGAUGAUAGCCAUUCUGUUAAUUAUACUACCUAUAGUGAACUUAUAGUUAAAAUGAAGAUGAAUUUAUACAGUUUUGAGCUACACAAUCUAUUUGAAAAACAUGUUUUGAUUUAGAACCAAUUAUAAUAAAUGAAUAGCAUUUUUUUCAUUCAGCAAGUGUUCAGAACAUGUUUAAAAAAAAAAAACCGU